GCGCUAGCAGUCUGCUGUUCGGUCCCGUCAUUCUUAUUCGCUCGUUGUCUAGUUUUUCUUUUUACAUUCGCUAGCUAGUUUAGUUGGCUGUAAAAUUUAUUCUCGUAAUGGCUGCCACGCUAAAUGUGUAGCUUUUUGGUUAUGUCAUGUAUAUAGAAUUUGUGUUCGUGUGUGAGAUUUGUAUAAAUCAACAAGUGUUUCGAACAAUGAUCGCUUGAAAACAGCGUAAUCUCAUUCUCCCUGGAACGUUUCCUCUUUCAUGUUUCCUUUUUUGGCAAUUAAGUUAUGGACUCGGCAUUUGUGUACUGUAUGUAGUAAAAACAUAAUCUAUGCACCGUGAUAAGUGUUCAUAUGAACCAUAUUGAGUGCCAAGUGGUUUGUCAGUAGUAAAAAUGACGGAUACGCGGUCAUCGUCGGCGCUGUUCAAGCGGGCAGAGCAGCUGAAGAGAUGGGAGGAAUCCGAUACUAAUAAACAGUCGCCGACUCCGAAGAGAGCCUCCAGGAUCCAGUUCUCGUCUGGUAUAGUUUUCCUGGCGGCUUGCACGUCAGGCGACAAGGAUGAGGUGCAACGGUUACUGAAAAUGGGCGCAGAUAUAAAUACGGCUAACGUGGACGGAUUGACAGCUCUCCACCAGGCAUGCAUAGACGACAACUUGGAUAUGGUGGAGUUCCUAAUAAGCCACGGCGCGGACGUGAACCGGAGGGACAACGAGGGCUGGACCCCGCUCCAUGCGACCGCGUCGUGUGGAUUUCUCAGUAUAGCAAGGUAUCUGCUAGAAAACGGCGCUGAUGUAGCCGCCGUGAAUUACGAUGGCGAACUGCCUGUCGACUUGGUUGACAGUGAGGCCAUGGACGAGUUACUGCAGAAAGUGAUCGAUGAGAAAGGAGUCGAUUGCGAAAAAUCACGUAAUGCGGAAGUUGACACCCUGUUGAGCGACGCGAAGAACUGGGCGGCUAAUGGUUACGUGGAGGUGCGGGACCCUAAGACUGGGGGAACGCCACUACAUGUCGCAGCCGCAAAGGGUUAUAUCGAUGUCGCGAAAACGCUUCUAAAUGAGUGCAACGCAGAGCCCGACAGUGUGGACUACGAGGGGUGGACACCAUUGCAUGCGGCUGCGCUUUGGGGACAAAAGGACGCCGCUGCACUGCUGCUCAAGUAUGGAGCCGAUCCACACCUCAAGAACUACUCGGGGCAAACCUGUAUGGAUCUAGUGGACCCAAGUAUAUCCUCGUGGCUGGCAGAGGCAACCCUAAAGGCACCGCGACGCGUCAACAAUAAUAACAAUAACAACAAACGCAAGCGCAGCCCUCCGCGCCACGACGUGAAGCGCGUCGAACUCGAGAUCACCGGACAGACAGACAACAUUGUUAAUGACAAGCCGCCGGCCGCGCCAGAAAUCAUAACAAAGAUGGCGGACGGCAAACCACCUAAAGGGCGAGCGCCCUCACCAGAAGCCACCGAACAAGCAGAGAACGUAAACACAGAAGAAGCACCGUCCUGGCGUCGCUCAGCGUCCUUCCGUAACAGGCAACAAGAAGCACCCAGAGAAAAUAAGACGACAAAUAGCACUGUUGAUAACGAGACUAUACUUAGAAGAACGCACAGUUUCGAAAAUGAUAAGACAGACCCAACGAAUCAUGUGAGCUUAUUAAUAAGCCUUUUCGAUAAAUCGACGCCUCCGAGCGCUAUCGGGCAGCUAGAAGAUCAUUUCUAUCAACGGUACCGUGACGUGACGGCGCGCAUUAAGGCGUCCUCGUGUCCGUCGAUACCGCCGCUGAAGUCCACGCUCGCCGCCAUCGAGCUCAGGAUAAAAAAUCAGGAGACUAACAAUGCGUCCGAGAGUACUAACGAAGAUGUUCAGACCAGGAUAAGUCCAUCGGAACGACGAGAUCGGGAAGCGAACACGUGGACGUCACCAACCACUACCGCUGGUCACACCAAACCAAACAAUACAACCACACAAACCACAGUUAGGAGUUCCGAGAGCGUGGAGUCGAACAGUAGCAAUUCCACGCCCAGCUCCACCACGCCGACCAAACUCUCGCCCGGGAACAUAUUCAAGAAUUUCUUCAAGUCCUUCGUGCCCCCGGUACGUGAUGAGGAGAGUGAAACGCAGAGGAAAGCACACGCGAAACGUGUCCGUGAGACGAGACGCUCUACACAGGGCGUUACGCUUGACGAAAUAAAAUCGGCCGAGCAGUUAGUAAAGAAGAAAGCUGGUAAUGGAACGACGGAGAGUCCAUCCCCGGCCAGUAUGAAAAAGGAUGAUGCCCCAGUACCUGCCAGUCCGGAUAACGGUUCGGCGCGCGCGGCUGGCGGCGACGUUGCGGUCACACUUGCGCUGGCGUGCGCGACCGCGACCGCUACCGCGACCGCGUCCGCGUCCGCUACCGCUACCAUCGCCGCCAACAGCGAGCGACGCCCCUCGUGGCGGUUACGGCUCGACCCCACCAAUAAGUUUGAACUGGAGGACGCGGGUCGGUCGUCGCCGCGAGCUGUUGCGACCACGAACGCGGUAGUAAAUGCGAGUACCACAGUGCCGACGUCUACGACCGCGACCGAAGCAACCGUGACGCUGCCCUUACGGCGUCCGCCCGCUGGCUCCACCGCGAACACCACCACACCAUCUAAGGAGGAGAGGGAGAAAGGUGAUGAUGAUAAAGAACGAGAGGGCAGUGCUGAGAGUAAAACGUCGAGCAAUGCGUCGCCGGCGAGUACACAAGCGGCCCUGAAUGUGAUACAGCGCCGCCGACGACCGAAGAGGCGCUCCACUGGUGUAGGGCACGUUGAUAUGGAGGACAUCGUGAACGACCGCGGCGGGGGCGGCGAGGGCGACGGCGACUCUGAAUCUCUUCAGUCUGGCAGUGAACGGACGGAGGAAGGGGAUGAACGCGACUACAAAGCUUUGUACGAAGCGUCCUCGAGUGAGGUACGCCGCCUGAGGGCACUGUUGGCGACCUCCGAGCAACAGUUGCGCGAUGCUCGUGCAACUAUAACCAGGCUCACACAAGUGAACCAGAAUUCGUUAUCUGAAAUCGAAAAACGAGAAAAGAGAGCCAUGGAGAGGAAGCUGUCGGAAAUGGAGGAAGAAUUAAAGCAAUUGCAAAAGUUAAAAGCCGAGAACGAAAGGCUGAGAGCUGAGAAUCGUGCCCUAACGCGGGUCGUCAGCAAAUUGACCAACUCUGGCGCUAAAUAGUGCCAACAAGUACUGCAAGCCGAGAACCAGCGGUUGAAGGAUGAAAACGGUGCGCUGAUUAGAGUCAUCAGCAAACUGUCCAAGUGAAACGCCGCCCUCACCCAAAAUCUCUCAGAAAAGUAAAAUGCAGAGCUCUAACAACAUUACAAACCGCCAUAAACAAUUAAUAUGCAGAUAUGACAAGCUCUACAUUAGCAAAACUACAUCCUCGGCAUACAACUAAGGACAAUUUAUUUUACAAUUUCUCGAUGUAUAGUCAGGCACAUAGGCCACUGGAAACUUAUAAAUUUCGUGGCGGCCUCCUAGAUAAGUUAAGUUGACUAUGGCCCUGGCUGUACGUGUUAUAUAUUAAAAUGAAAUUUGUAUUUAUAGCAUAGUGUUAGUGGUGUUAUUCCGAUUCUUCAUUUAACGUGCCUUCGUUUAACAUAAAGUAUUACGUACUUAUUUAUCUCGUCAACUGUACUUAUGGACGACGAUCAUUAGAGAUGAACUCUUUCGUAUUGCCAAAUAAUGAGAAUAUAUCGAUUGUGUUUAAAAAAAAAUAUUAUGUUCUCGUCGUUUCCUUUGUGUUGAUAUUUUGAUGUAUUCCUAAAUGGUUAAUGUAAAGUAGGCUAGUUAAUACCGAACCUUUGUACCGGGCUCGCCGUCCGCCAUUUUGUGUAGUUAUAAUCUCGAAUUACUAAUAUAUAUGUUAUGUAUAGAUUUUCUUUAAGCUACACGCGCGAACGAAUUGGAAAUGUGAUAUGGAUUAUACGUCACUAUGAAAUCAAUAAACUUAAGUUAUCUCUUUUCUGUUAGAAAAUAUUUUUUUUUAUAUAUAUAUACUUUCUUGAUACCGGGGCCAUUUUGUUAUAGAAUGGUAUAAGAUUUUUACAACACACAUAUUGUGUUUUUUAUUAUUGACCGAUUAAACAAUAUAUGAAUUGUCGAAUGUAUUGACUACUGUUGUAGCCUUAUUAUAUUAUAUCAUUGUAUUAAACUAUUAUAUUACCUAAUGUAUGUUUCUUUUUUAUAUUGACUACAAUAAAAAAAGUUAUGUCAUAGUGAAAAAAAAAGUCUGGCCAGAAAUUAAAAAAAGAAUACAGUCAUAUUUUUUUAAUAACAUUCUAGUGGAAAACAAGCAUGCAUGUACAAGUUUUUGUUUAAACUGUGGUAACUUAAAAGUAUUUUUGACGGUUUCGUGUAAUUUUGACAGUUAUGUGUUGAUUUGUAUGGUAAAUAAUCUUUGUUAUUUUUUUUAUAGAGUUAAAAACAUAUAUUCCGAAAUGUGCUACGUUUGCAAGAAUCGGUCAGUAGUAAAAACUAUUUGAACAAUUUUCAAUAUUUCUGUAUGAUUAUUUAAACAGUGUUCUUUAGCAAAUUGAAAAGUUAAUUUCUUAUAAAACAUUUCUUGAUGAUUUGUUGAAAUUUGUUUAUGAAAUUGACAGAUUUCGGUAUGUAGAAAAGCAUUCAAGUACUGAAGUACUUUUUUAUUAUUAACUUUUUUUUUCUUUAUUUUAUGAAUCUAUACUCAAUUUUAUGGGGCAUAUUAUACUUUAAAUAUAUAGGAUCGUAGUUUGAUAAAUCAAAUAAAUACCAAGUCGAUUUUGUUCAACAACAUCAGCAACAUUUAUCGUGACAAAAUUGACUGUUAUUAUUCUCAAUUCUUAUUUUAAAAUCAAAUAAAACCAACCUAAAAACUACUAUAUAAAUUAGAUUUAAAGUAUUUGAAAUUAGAAUACAGAAUUGUACAAAUAUUUGCUUUGAUACAAGUAAUAUUUUGUUCUGCAGAGAAAACGCUUGCAGAGCAAAAUAUGCCAUUGUCUGAUGUAUAUGGGACCAAUAUGGGAAUAAAACCAUCUGUUUAAAAAAUCACCAGACGUAUUGAGAACUCUUCCUUUUGGGAAUUGAAAUUAUAUAAAAUCUUUCUACGGUGACUCUAAAAUAUUUGCUCAUAUACAUAUGAUGGUGCAUUGAGCUCCUAUAAAAUAAUAUUAAAAUAUUAUAUAAAAACAAGUAACACUACAAUUAUGUAUUAAAUUGAAGUAAAUUUUUUUUUAUAUUUCUGGUCAGGCUUUAUCCAAUUAUAAUUUGUCAUUAUAAUUCCGUUUAAGUAUAUUGUUUACUUAAAUAAAAUAAAAUUAGCGAUUAGAAAUGUGCUGCGCAACAAAAAAAUGCAAUAACGAUGAAAAACAAUUAUGUAUAAAAUAAUUUAAAAAGAAUUAUAAUGUAUUUGGACUAUAUAAAGAAUUAUAUAAUAGCGAUUAAUGUUUACUGUGGUAACAUAAAUGUGAUAAUGCUCUGUGUGUUAUGUGUCUCGCACACAACGACAUAUUCACAUACGCUAUUUGGCCACUUUUUGAUUCGUCAUUACUGAGUAAUGCGUUUUUUGUGAAUAAUGUUUCACUUAUAUAUGACAUAAACAUUUUCCCCUACUUGAAAUUGGCAAACGGUGUUGACUUUAAAAUUAAAAGAGUAUCACUGCAAUUGUUUUUUUUUUUUUUGUGCAAAUUGAUUGAAAUAUUUGGUUAUUAGUUAUAUAAUCCUUUAUAUUGUUUUAAAAUAGUUUAUUUUGAUUUGUAUCAUGCAGGACAAAUUACUAUAUGUAUUUUCAAAUGUAGAUCAAUGGAAUUUUCUCAUUUUAAUGCCUAUUUGGAAAAUCAAAUCGGUUACUGUAUUUUUGAAUCGGUCAUAGUGCAAUUAUAUAUAUACAUAUAUAUAUAUAUAUAUAUAUAUAUAUAUAUAUAUAUAUAUAUAUAUAUAUAUAUAUAUAUAUAUAUAUAUAUAUAUAUAUAUAUAUAUUAAUAUAUCUAAAAAUUACGAUGUGCUGACGCUUCUUGUCUUGAUCACUCAUAAUUCAUAUAAACUCAACACGUUUUGUAAACGUUCGUGUUUUGUUGAGAGGGAUGAAACGCUGCGACAGCUACUAUACGUUUGUUAGAAAUUUGAUAUUUUAUGAAUGUAAAUCAUUAUCUUAUAUGUGGAAAUAACUAAACUGACCGUGAAGUAAUUGAAAAAUAUUUACAGGCUAUAAUUAACAUUUAAUCGUAGUUUGGAUUUAUUGUAACUACCGAUAUUUUGAUAGCAAUAUAAAAAAUCAAAUCAAAAACUCGCACGGGACUGAAACAUCGAAAACACAAUAUAAAAAAGAGAGUUUAGUUGUUUUUAAUUUAAAAUGCGACUUAAGGAGGAGAUUCUCUAUUCGUCUAUUUUAUAUGUUUUUUUUUGUCAUUAUUAAAGUCACUAUAUCUGUUGCGGAGUAAAAAUAUUAAAUUAUACACGAGCCGAAAUCACGGAGAAACUAGGUGGUUAAUCAAAUUUACGUUCAAUCGAAACUUAAUAUAUUUUUGCCUAGGAAUGGACUUUUAUUAUUUAUAAUUAUUAUAUAUUUAUAAUUUAUAAAUCUGGAAUCCUAUUACACACUUUUACAAAUUGACCCAAUGACUCUGCGUGCGCAUGAUUUGUUCCUUACUACAAGUUUAAAUGCCCCAAUAGUUUUAGUUAUAUUUGUCUAGUACCUUUGAGUUGUAUUAACUUUAUAAAUAGUAUUUUAGAAGAUUAUGAAAUAAUGGUAGCAUUCUGAACACUGAGCGUUGUGAGUCCGUAGCCUCUCAUACGUGGGUAUGAGUUUGUAUGGGUUCACAUAAAUGGAUGGUGUUUGCAGCAUUUCUCUAUCUCCGUGUUCGCAAUGCAAUCUUAAUAUGGCUUUCCUAGAAAUCUUACAACAGUCACAAUAAUUUCCUAAAUAGUUAUGCACAGCAUUUUGCACACCGUACAUUAAAAUGUUGACUUACAUGUGCCUCGUUUGCUGCUAGGGUAAAUGUAUUGUUACCUUACGUGCUAGAUAUUUGUGUUACUUUAAUUAUGUCCUGUAGAUUCUGUUAUGAAACUUAUACAAAUGUAUAAUCUCAAAUGACACUAGCAAGUGACAUACUUUUAAUCAAAUAUUAUUACUCAGUUUCUAAAGCGGCGAUAAUUUUUACAUAGCUGUGGAAAGAUCUUCGUCAACUAUUUUGUAAAGUAUACAAUUUGUUGUCUGCUUAACAUAGCGGUCCUAAAAUUUUGUUCAUUAAAGUUUUUAUUUAUUUCGAUACGUAAGAGUUGAAUAAAAUAAACUUCUUCUUUAAUUUA